AUGAACCCUGCCUUCCUCGCCAAGUUGACCAUUGAGGUCACGUUCACCAACAGGUUCGUGGAGUGUCUGUACUGGGGCAUGGUUGUCGACUGGGCGCCUGUGGACAACAGCACCCAGGGCGCGGCUGUGGGCGCGUGUGGCCUCAGGCUUGCAGCGCGCAGCGUUGGUGUACAAGGUGUGCACGGCCUCCACGCUGAGUUCCUUGCCGCAGCUGGAACCCUUGCCGACUCGUUAGGGCCGCGCGCAUGGAAGCAUGGGCUUAAGGAGGACUCCGCAGUCCUUCGCACGGUGUGGACAGGCUGGUGCAUAGCUUGCCGUUUCGGCGCUUCUUCGUUUUGUUUCUUCUGCGGCCUGGAUAACGGGAGCUCCGUGGAACACGCGUGCGUUUGCCCGACGUUUGCGCGCACGGGUGCGGCAUUUUUGCGGUUUGCGUACUGCCGAGAGAAGAGCAAAUUCGCGUCUUCCUUGCUGUUUUACAGGCCGUCCGAGCUGACCGAUGAACGGCUUCUGCUGGGCGCCCUCCACAUGGCGGCGGCGUACCGUAUCCACUGCCACCUCCGACGCCAUUCAUCGGCGUUGCGGGGCGAAGACGCGGUGCGGCGGGCAUUGGAACAAGUUGCAAAAGAGUUGGUGCAAGGACUCAGCGCGGCCAUGUCGAUGAUGGAUGAUGGAUGCUCGCUGGUGCUCUGGACGGGCGACCGCGGGCACUUCAGAGCAGUGAGGUGGAGCUGCGUGGCCGCGACGACAGGCGGCUGGAUGGCCCGUCCGUCCUUCGGCACGGCCCGCGAUGUCGCGCGACCCCCCGGCGUGGUGAUGACCGGGCAGCAGGAGCAGUGGGCGCUCAAGGGCUGCCCCGGGAGGUUCUGGGAGGACAAGCCCAAUGCCGGCUUCUCCGGCACGCCGUUGUGGAGGCUACAUGCUGAGCGGGAUGCGCUGCAGCAAGAGGCGGCCAAGAGCAGCAGCAGCGCGUCCGCGAUGCCCGACGGCUUGACCAAGUGCGCCGGGGAGGUGGGCUGGCACUGGAGCGAGAAGCGCCAG